AUGGGCUUCACCACGGGCGGGGCCGGCGGCGGCGGGCACACUGCACUCGCGCCUGCCCUCAUCGGCGGCGAGUCCGUCCGCGCCCGCAAGCUCGUCCACGUCCAUCGCGGCGAGCGCGCCGCUCUCGAGCACGCCAUUGCCACCGGCGGCCCCCUGCGCUUCCUCCUCGUCGACACCACGCCCAUCGAGUACGCCAUCACAGCGCGCAUGGCCGACGCGGCCGUGCCCGUGCCGCAGACCGCUGCUGCUCUCCGCUCCGCCGUGCUCGCUGCUCUGCGCGCCGAGCUGCUGCGCCUCGGCGCCCUCGGGCUUGCUGAGCGCUCCAUCUUCUGCUGGGACGGGCCCAACGUUGCACUCAUCAAGAAGGACACAACGAGCAAGCGCAUGCAGGCCAUGGCCACCGGCCUCCUUGCGUGGCAGCGCGAGGCAGCCGAGGCCGCACCGCGCGAAGCCCAGCUGCGCCAGCACGCAACGCACGCGGCCAUGGCCAUGCUCUCCGACCUCUACACGCCCGAGGGCGUUGCUGCGCUGGUCGCCGACCUGCCUGGCCACGUCACGGCUGACGAGGAUGCCGUCGCCGGCAGCGCUGCGCCCAUCGUGCACGUUGUCGCCCACAACGAGGCCGACUUGCUCAUCGCCCGCCUGUCGCGCUCGCUGGGCCACGGCGAGUCCUCGGCCGUCCUCUCCAUCGACAGCGACAUGCUCGUGCACGCCCUCGACGCGUACCGCUGGGUCGUGCGUGCCGUGCCGUUGGAGGAGCACGACGUGCCUGGUGCGCCGCCGCCCGAGUUUCACUGGCAGCACCUCUUCGACCGCAACCGCCUCGCGCACGCCCUCAACACCACAUGGUCUGCUGCCUUCGGCCCGCACCUCGACGAGGCCCGCGUCCUUGCCUUUGUCGCGCUGUGCAGGACCGACUACGGCAACGGGCUGCACCGCAUCGGCCCCAAGCAGCUCAUCAACCAGCGCCAGCUCGCCAAUGCGUUGCUGCACGUCGGAGCACGCCCGCUGCUGGCCGCACGGGUCCACGCCAUCAUCGAGCGCGUUGGCCACAACCACACCGCCGCCGAGGUGGCGGCUGUGCAACGCAUCGCCGACGUCUACCUCCUCGCCGAGCACGGGGCGACCGAGACACGCGCCAAGUGCCGCAACGAGGCCACCCGCGCCGCAGCACAGGCGCGGCUCGGUUUCCGCGACGGCAGCCGACUGGCGCACUGGGAAGAGCACCCACAGGAGCAUCGGCCUGUGGUGCCGCCACUGCGCGCACCCGACCACGGCAACGUCGGCGGCAAGGCGCUUGGUUUCAAGCAGCAAGUGUCGCGCGCCGUGCUGUCGCACAAGCCCGACAUUCUCGUGCCGCGCACGCAGGGCAAUGUCCCGACGACUCACCUCACGCCCAAGCGCCCGGCACCCGACCGCGUGUUCGACAAGAGCAAGCAGGAGGCGGCCAAGUCGAAGAAGCCCGCGCGCGGCAGCACGGCCGUCAAGCUCCUGCGCAAGACGCCCAAGGUCUACGACGGAGGUGCAAGCACGACGAAGAUCAAGGACAGCACAGUUGACAAGGAGACGAUGACCAAGCACUUUGGGCUUGCGACGCACUGCACAAGCAUGGCGGCACUGGGCAACAGUGGCGUCAGCGAGGCCCAUCUCCGGGCCGUUCCGGGCUUCGCUGCUCUCGUCUCAACGGAGGCAUACUCGAACCAGCACUGUAUCGUCGUGUGGCGCGUGGCACUCGGCGAGAUGCUCAAGUUGCAGCCCGGCUGGCUCACCUGCAGCGACGCCACUGCAGUCGAUCGCCUCAGGCACCUCUUCCUCGUGUGCCGCAGCGGCUGUUCGAGCAAGUCUUUCCUGAACAAGGGCAUGGCAGCGCCCAACGGCUACACCAACGACGAGUUUGCAGCCGUGCGCUCGUCUGGCGGCUGGAGCGACGAGAUGGUGCAGGCUCGCCGCGCCGUGCAGCAGGCCGGCUAUGUCCUGCCCGACUUUGCAAUGCUUGACAAGGCAACACCGAACGUCCUUGCGGCACACAUCUUCGGCGAGUGGUCGCGCCUCGCCGAGCGGGUGCGCGGCGUCGUCAGCAGCGCCAUCCAUCUGCGCUACGGGCACAACAAGCGCGGGCGGACGCUAACCAAGCGGCUCUGGUCGUGCGAGCUGCCUGAUCGACACGGCCGUGCGCAACACGGCGUCGCACGCGACUCAGAGCUGCAGGCGCUGCUGUCGCAGCGUGACGCACACGUCGUGGCUGCCCGCCGCACGCUCGAGGACAGCGCCGAGGGCGGCUGGGACCUCACGCUGGACCAAAUCAUGCGCAGCGCGCGCGGCACGGUGACGCUGCACCUGCUCCAGGGCUGGGCCGAGGCGCUGAGCGGGAAGGCGCUGCUGAGCGGCACUGCCGCGCCUUCAUUCGUCGGCAUAUUCACGCGCUCGAGCCUCGGCCACUUCUUCCGCUUUGGCGCCAAGCGCCUGGCCGCCUUCGCCUCAUGGAUCGACACCAACAGCACGCUGCUGCGCGCAGCCGCCGACUCCGAGCGCCUCGCCCGCUGCGGCGUCGUGCGCCACCCGGGCCGCUGGGCGCUGCGUCCGGACCUGCCUUCCAUCUGCGCCGAGAUGCAGUUCCGCGUGCGCCGCCAGCUGGGCCUGAGUCCGGAGCUCACCAAGGACUGCACGAGCUUCGACAAGGCCGCCAUGGACUCGACGCUCCACUUUCUUGAGACUGCUCUCGACAUGUCGGCGCGACAGGCGUGGGGCGCCAUGGGCAUGGGCGUCGCAUGGGUCCCGACGGGCACGGUGACGAGCGACGGCGCCAGCAUGCGGUGGUACUACUGCAACCUCACUCGACCGGUGCGCUUCCGCAUGCUCGACGCCAAUGCCCCGCCCGAAGAGGACAAGUACCGCGUCGGCGCACCGGUGCUCAGCGAGUGCGCGGCGCGCUUGGCGCCACACCAAUCAAGCAUGGUGUGGCGACGCCUGCAGCGGCACGAGCGCUUCUGCGGGGUGCAGGUGGGCGUUCGGCGCGCCGUGGUGCUGCCGCUGCCGAGCAACGAGGACUUCACCGGCAGCCCGGCUGCUCGCACAAGCGCCAACCAGGGCGCACUCAGCGGCACGACAUCGCGCAAGAACACGCGCCUUGCCAUCGGCAAGGCACAGGCAGCCGGCCGACCCGUGAUGCACGUCGGCGUUGACCCCGGCAUCAACAACAUCGUCACCAUGGCCCGUUUCGUCGAUAUGGAGCCCGGCACUUACUACACGUGCCCUGAUGGCACACACCCCGACGGCCGAGCGCCGCUCACGGCCGACGAGCGCGUUGCUGCUCGCCUGCCGCCACUGGCGCCGACACGCACCAAGCGCAGCCUCUCCGACGAGCUCUACGGCGCGACCGACGAAGACCGCCAGCGCUGGCGCCGGCUGCAGGCCGUCGCGCUGAAGAAGGAGACGAUGACGGACCAGUGCAACUGGCUCGCUAGCGAGAUCGCCAAGCUGCGCCGCACGCACGACGCAGCGGCGCCCGUGGGCGUUGCUGCCCGGCACAUGCAUGCGGCAGCCUUCGAGCAGAGCCCGGCCGUGUCGGCGCUGCGGGACGAGCUGCGGCGCGUCAAGAAGCGGCAGCUGCAGCUGGCCGUCGACGCUAUCCUCGAGUGGCUGGUGAUGCGCGAGGGCGUCGGACUCAUGUCGCAGCGCUUCCAGACGUGGGGCAGCAGGGAUGCGCUGGUGGUGGUGCAUGUUGGGAACUGGAAAUCCACACGCAGGCCCGGCCUCGCAGGGCAGACGAGCAGCGUGCUGCUGCGCGAGUGCAUGCGCCAGGCCAGACUGCGCGGCCUGCCUAUCGUGUGGCGCCUGCAGGACGAGUUCAUGACGUCGCAGGCGUGUCCCUCGGCAUGCACGUCCACCGGGCGCAAGAUUGACAGCAAGAAGAACCUGCGCGGCGAACCACAGCGGCUCAGCGGCCUUCGCCGGCGCUUCCGAUCCCGGGCCGUCCGCGACAUCAAGCACUGCACGAGCUGCCAUCGCACGUACGCCCGCGACGUGGCAGCAGCCGUCAACAUCAUGCUCGCAGGCCUACACCAGCUGCGGCACAACUGCGGUGCUUUUCGCCCGCCGCCGCCCAAGCCGCUGCGCCAGUAG